AUCUCCUGCCUGUGGGCGGGAGCACCCAGCGGAAGGACCGCGCUGUCCCGCCGCGCCUCUAUGGUGCUGGAGGACCGCGUGCCUGGGGCAGGCGCGUCUCGGCGGUGUGGACGUGGUGAGCACCAUGCUGAGCGGGCGGUUGUACACCAUGCAGAAACUUCCUUCUCUUCUGGCUAGAACACUGGUAUCUGGGACCAAUGGCUCGCCAUUGCUUCCAGACAUGGCUGAAGGACAAUUACCCAUUCACGUGAAUAAUGUGCGAAGCAGAUUGAGGGAUAUAGUGGGAGCAUCUACCAACUGGAGGGAUCAUGUGCAAGCAAUGCAAGAAAGAAAAGCCCUUCAUACUUUACUGGCAAAACGGCAGGAAGAUCUGCCCCCUAGAAGAAUGAAAGAUAGCUACUUGGAAGUUCUUCUGCCUCUAGGAAGUCAACCUGAAAUACGAGAGAAGUAUCUGAAUGUAUACAAUAGUGUAAGGUUUGGAAGAAUACUUGAAGAUCUUGACAGCUUAGGAGUUCUUAUUUGCUACACUCACACCAAGCAGGAAAUGCAGCCGAGAUCUCCCUUAUCCAUAGUUACAGCCCUGGUAGAUAAGAUCAAUUUGUGCAAGAAAGUCAUAUAUCCGGACUGCGACAUCAAGUUUACAGGCAAUGUUUCUUGGGUUGGAAAGACCUCAAUGGAAGUGAAGAUGCACAUGUUGCAGCUACACAACGGUGAUUACAGCCCUGUGUUAGAUGCAACCUUUGUCAUGGUGGCCAGGGAUCCAGAAAACAAACGGCCAGCCUUUGUUAAUCCACUUGUUCCUGAGAGCCCCGAGGAAGAAAAAAUCUUCAAGCAAGGAGAACUGAACAAGUUGAAGAGGAUUGAUUUCAGCACUGCUUCCUUACUGAAAAUGGCUCCCACGGCAGAAGAAAGAAAUGUCAUUCAUGACAUAUUCCUUAAUACACUGGACACAAAGACAGUAAGUUUUCGGAGUCGUAUAUUGCCACCCAAUUCAGUGUGGAUGGAAGAUGCAAAGCUAAAGGGCCUACAGAUUUGCCAUCCUCAGGAGAGAAACAUCUUCAACAGGAUCUUUGGGGGCUUCCUAAUGAGAAAGGCAUUUGAACUGGGAUGGGCAACUGCUUGCAGUUAUGGGUGUUCCAGACCUUUUAUUGUCUCGGUUGAUGACAUCAUGUUUCAGAGGCCAGUUGAGGUUGGAUCCUUAUUGCUGCUUUCUGGACAGGUCUGUUACACAGAAAAAAACUACAUCCAGGUCCGAGUCCACAGUGAGGUUUAUGAUGCAAAUACCAGAGAGCACCACACAACCAACAUCUUCCAUUUCACAUUUAUAUCAGAGAAUGAGGUCCCACGUGUUGUCCCCAAAACAUAUGGAGAGUCCAUGUUGUAUUUAGAUGGGAAGCGACACUUUGCUGCAGUCAUGAAAGAAAUCUGAGAGGCACCAGUGCUGUGUCAGUUGUGUAGCAGCAUACUGCCUUGGAAGGAACUGUCUGUGAGCCAUCUCUAUGGCCGUGAGCUUGUAGUACUAAAAAGAAGCAAAGCAACUCCCCGCUCCUUUUCAGUGCUAUUUAUAUGUUUGCACAUAAAUGGGCUUUGUUUUAUUCUCUGCUCUGAGGAAUUGUUGCAAUCUACUUUGGCACAUCAGUUCUGUUAGGAAACAAAAUUGAAAACUUUAGAUAGAUGGCUUCUCUUGUUUGCUUCGAAAGAUCUUGUUACCCCCCCCCCCCCUUGCUGUCUUGUCCCCAUCUGCCUUCUUUCCCUUGGUAGCUCCCUUUUGUGCUUCUCUGGGAGGGGAUAGAAGUUCUUUCAGAAAAAUACCUGCAAUCAGUGGAUACACACAGCUCAAGCCAUUUGACUUGUAUUUGCAUGUAAAUUAGAUUUAAGGUAUUGUUUCUGAGGAAGGGCGCAGGUGCAUGGGCAGCAGCAGCAGCUCAGAAGUUCUGAGUGUGUACAUGGUGUCCAAGCAGGUGUUUUCCAUCAGCUGGCAUUUUACAAGUCUGUUGCAGCUUCUGGUUUCAAUGGUUUCCUGUCCUUGUGGGAGGAGUUCUUCUGAGAUGGGUGGAUGGUCUGUUCUGAUGGUCUGGUUUUUCACAGCUGGCCCUGUCAGCCUCUUCAAAGAACUCUUUUCUUCCCUUUGCUGUAACUGCAUGCUAGUUCUUGAACGAAUGAUUUCUUACUGCCUGUAGAGUUUGGAUUGGCGAGAAGGGAUAAGACUGGGAAACAGUAUUGUAGAGCAGAAUGUUUUGGAUUCUUAGGUUUGGAGGCAGAGAAGUUCUGUAAAGAUCUUUUCCACUUGCACUUGUUGGCUAUCGGUCUCGUGCCGGUAUUUAGCCUUAGAUGGAGUUUACCACCCGCUUUGGGCUGCAUUCCCUGCCUCAAAAAUGGGAAUGGCUGUGUUUGAAUGAUGCAAGAAUUAGAUGUCCAGAGAAUCUGAGCAGAUGGAUGAAAGUGACGUGACAGCACAGGUGGAUGAAACAAGCUGAUUAAACUAAACCAGUAUUUUAUUUCAGAGAAAGAAAGCUUUAAAGAUUUAUGUUGAGGAGCAGCUUUCCUUGAUCCUAGAAGGAUAGUGUGAAGUUAAUGGCUCUUAAAGCUGAUUGCUUUUUGUGUAAUGAGACUAUUACAGUAAUGAUGUAACACAUCUGCCUUUUCUUUCUAAGAAUUUGCUGCCUGUAUUUAUAGGCUAGGCACCUUUCCACUGGGGGAAUCAGGGCUAUUACCUGAUCUGGAUGGGAUUAAUGCACUGCAGAGAUAGCAGGCUCCUGGUUCCUGGUUCCUUCAGUUUCUCUCUUUGGUUGCUGAUUCAGCCACAUAUCAGCUAUUUUCUUUAAUGGUUCUGUCACUAUGGGUAUGUAUUAUAUUUUCUGUUUUCCUUAUUUCUAAAAUUCUUUGGAAACUGAAUAUACUUAACUGACCAGACAAGUAGAGAACGAAAUUCUAUCCCAGCUUCUUUCUUCCUCUCUGCCUAUGUGACUGCUGGGUAUUCAGAAAUAAGCAGGAAUGCAGGAAAUGGAGAUAGAGGUUUCAGGACCAUUUAUUGUUUCUGACUAUAUGCAAGCUUUUCUCAUUGACCCAGUGGUCCUACGUGGGUUGUGUCUGCAUGGUAAUUGUUCCUCUGUUGCCCUUUUAGUUUUAUUUAAAUAUGAAGUUAUCAUCAUUUCUAAAUUCAGCCUUUGGGAGGGGGGUGGGAGAGGAGAUGGCAGAGCCUGAAGUGAGGCAUCACAUCACACCCCUGGGCACAGGAAAGAAAAGGAAUCCACAAAUGAAGAUACUUAAAAGAAUGGGUAUGUAAUAGUUCAUGAUAACAUAAACCAUUUACUGCAAUCACAGGAGUUACAGAGAUGUCCUUACAGCCAUGCAGAACUUGUGUGUUUAUAUAUAUAUAUAUGUAAAACAUGUAAAAUGCAUCUUUUGCUAUUUAGAAAUAUAAUUUGUUCUUGCAUAUUCUUAGUCUGGGACACUAACUCCACACUGUCACCCUCUUUGAAAAUAGAUAAGUGAAUCUUGAUUCAAGGAACGUUAUUUAUACAUGUCUCUGCGUUUUCAUAUGAGAUGAAAAUCAUUUGGUUUUAGAUCUUGCAUUGAGAAUAAAAGCAUUUUACUGUAGUAAUUAA